CGGAAAACAAUGCUUUUCCAUUUCCGGCAACAAUGCUCCACCUCCAAUCUCAUCUCCUUCAAAUUCCAUUCUUCCGACUCCAUAAUCCUCCUCCCUAACGCCUAAUUUUCCAUUUCCACGCCUUCGACGUCCUCCCCGAUCGUUUCUCUACUAUUCUGACGAGGUCAAGAAUGGCUAUUGGAUUUAAAUACUGGGAUGAUUGUGUUGACCCGCAAGACAUAGAAGCAAUGUGGAGUUACCCUCAAGUAUGCGCUGAAUGGUUAGAUGCUGGAGAGUCCAAAACGCAAAAGGUCCACCUCUCGAGAGAUCCAGAUGGACAGCCUUAUUUGACUCAGACAGAGAUGAAGGCAGUGGCAGAUAUCAUUCUGCAGAGGCACUUUGUUUCCAAAGUAGAUUCUGAAAUGAUUUGUGCCAUAGCAGAACUUGAGAGUGAUAGACAGCCUCUUGCAACACGUUAUGACAAAAAAACCAAGGAGACAACAUUAGGGAUCAUGCAAAUAACACUUAAAACUGCUCAGUGGCUGGUCAGUGAAUUGGGUUAUCAAUCUUAUGGAUUAGAAGGGAACCCAGACGUUCUAAGUAAGCCCUUUGUCAAUGUAUAUUUUGGGGCUGCUUACCUUAAAUGGUUAUCAAACUUUGAGCAGAAAGAAAGAAAUGAAGAGUUUGUUGUUAGGGCCUAUAGAAGUGGUACAAAGAAGGCGACUCACAAGACAACUUUACCAUACUGGAAACGAUAUCUAUCAGUAAAAGAAAGUCUUCCAUCCAGGAAACAUAUCAAUGAAGUCUCCAGCUCUGCUACGUCCCCUCCACCUGCUUCAGGGAAUACAGAGGGCGCAGCUAUUACUUAUACAUUUUGGGAUUGUCGAGCUACCCCUGAGGACAUGGAAGAGAUGUGGAAUAACCCUGAUGUUCUAAAAGAGUGGACUAAAUCUGGAGAGAAAAAAGGAAAUGUACGGUUUUCUCAUGAUUUAAAGAAAAGACCAUAUGUUUCCAGAGUAGAAUUGAAGGCCAUUGCCGAGAUUAUUCUUUCAAAACAUUUCAGUACAAAAGGAGUUAAAUCAACUGUUCUAUGUGCUUUAGCAGAGGUAGUUAGCAUGCGCUUCAUUAAUGGAGUAGGAGCGCGUCCUGGAAUAAUGGGGAUUGACUAUUCAACUGCAUCUUGGCUCUAUAUGGAGUUGAGGUACAGAGCAUACAGACUUGAUUCUGUUGACGACUUAACCAAGCCAUUUGUGUCCAUGUAUUUCGGUGCUGCCUACUUGGUUUGGUUAUCUGAGUAUGAAGGGAGGGAAAGAACUCGGCAGUUUGUCGUUCAGGCUUACAUAGCCGGGCCGCAAAAUGUAGAUCUUCAAGAGACAAGCCCUCUUUGGCUCAAAUUUGAGGAAGCAUUGAGCAACUACGAAGACAACAAAAGUGGCGCUCAAGGGAGCUGUUCCAUCAUGUAAAGCAGGCAUUUCCUUUAUCUUACGAUCUGUUUUCAACUGUAAGUCGUCCAUCAUCACUUGCUCUCUCACAACAAGAAAAGGAUGGAAGCAAGAUAUUCAUUCUUUCACACGACAAAAGUGAACACCAUUUGGAAGUUUUCGUUUUGUACAGUACUGGAACAUUAUUACCAAAACAUCUGUUCCAUUCAUUUGCCGACCAUUAUAUUUCAGUGCCAGCAGCGCCUGUCUUUGGGUUUUCUGUACGGAUGAAAAAGAAUUCCUAACCAAAAUUAGAAAUUAGAACCAAAACUUUUGAAAACAGGAACGAAAGGCAGUUGGUAAUGUGAAUGUAGCAAAAACGAAAUGCCCGUCUUGCCUGAUUAUGCAAUAUAUUUUUCUUCUCCCUCA